AUGUUCUCUCCCACAUCUGUGGCGAUGCGCACCGCCGCCCGCGGAGCUUUUCGACAAGCCACAUCGUCGUCGUCGUCAAUCACGGCGGCUCCAAACUCUAACCGAGGCCUCUCAUCUUCGCGUCCCGCAUUCAAUCAGGCCGCGGCAUGCAUUGUUGGCCGGCAAAGGCGAGGUUACGUUGCCACGACGAACCCCAACCCGCCCCUCGGUAAAAAGAAUGCCUCCAACGACAUCCCGUCUCGCAUUGGCCUAAUUGGAGCCCGAGGAUACACCGGCCAGGCUCUGAUUGAUCUUCUUGAUCAGCAUCUCUACAUGGACCUGCAGCAUGUAUCCUCACGAGAGCUCAAUGGCCAAGCGCUCCAGGGGUAUUCCAAGCGCGAAAUCAUCUAUGAGAACCUAUCCCCCGAGGACGUGGCCCGGCUGGACACGGAUAUCGACUGCUGGGUCAUGGCUCUCCCCAACGGCGUCUGCAAGCCUUACAUCGAAGCCAUCGACCAGGCUCAGAAGCAUACCGGCCACAGGAGUGUCAUCGUCGACCUGUCCGCCGACUACCGGUUCGACAAGCAAUGGACGUAUUCCCUCGCCGAGCUCACCAAGCGGUCCACCAUCUGCCAGUCGACCAAGAUCUCAAAUCCCGGUUGCUACGCGACUGCCGCACAGCUCGGCAUCGCCCCUCUGCUGCCCUUCAUCGACGGCAACGGGCUCAUUUCCAUCUUUGGCGUCUCGGGCUACAGCGGAGCUGGCACCAAACCAAGCGACAAGAACAACGUCACGCUUCUCGCAGACAACCUCAUCCCGUAUUCGUUGACGAACCACAUACACGAGCGAGAAAUCUCUCACCAUCUCGGCGGCGCCAAAGUCGGCUUCGUCCCGCACGUCGCUUCGUGGUUCCGCGGCAUCCACCUGACCAUCAACAUCCCCCUCAACGAGGUGAUGAAUUCUCGCGAUAUUCGCCAAAUUUACCAGGACCGAUAUGCCGGCGAGAAGCUUGUCAAGGUGGUGGGAGAGCCUCCCAUGGUCAAAAACAUUUACAAGCGCCACGGCGUUGAGAUUGGAGGCCUCGCCGUUGACAGCACGGGCAAGCGCGUCGUCGUGUGCGCUACGAUAGAUAACCUGAACAAGGGCGCCAGUACUCAGUGUCUGCAGAACAUGAACCUUGCGCUUGGAUAUGCAGAGUAUGAGGGCAUUCCCACCAUGUAA